UUCUCUCCUGUAGCGGCUUUCAUUGAAGAAACUGAUUCCACAAUGUUCGAAUAUGAGCUAAAGGUCGAUCUGGGGGAGCAGUAUGUAGACAAUCCUAUGUUGUCCACUGUCAUUUUCUUAGUCGAAGAUAGACGGUUCUAUGCUCACAGAAUUUUCCUGCUCGGUUCUUCAGAUACCUUCCGUGCAACAUUUGAUGGUGCAAGAACAACAAAUGCAGAAGGGAAACACAUAUAUAAUCAGUGUUAUUCCAGCCAAAACCUUUAUUCUCACAACAUCAGGAAGCAAGGAAGGAAGAGAUGAGACGCACCGCAUCGACGGAGGAGCUGUCAGCAUCCAUUUCGGGGCGGAGCUUGGCAUAAAGUUGGGGGUUGCGGUAGACGGAGCGGGGGCAACAAAUUCAUAGCCUUGGAUGCAUGAGUUUUUUUCUCUUUUGGUUAUGAAGGUUGAAUGGGUUAAUAGACAGAUAAGGAAGAUGUUAAUUUUGGACUUAAAUCCUAAUGGAGUUCACCACGAGGGUUUAAAUCCGAAUUUUUUCACCACGGGGGCUAUCUUCCGAUUACCCUCUCACCACACGGGGACCAUUAAUCCAUUUUCGCCUAAACAAAUUGAUGAAAUUUUUUGAAGCUCCUAUUGUUUCCCUCCACAAUUGUGAAAAGGAAACAACACCGCCAUAUGUGCCACGAUGUAUAACCAUACUUAAAAAGUUAUUUCAAACACACUACUGUUUAUAUCUGCACAACUAAUAGAGCCAUUAAAAGAAAAAAGUCCAUUAAAAGAAAAAAGCAACUAUCUUAUUUGAUCCCCACUAACCUAGCAAGCCAAGUACAUUUUAGACCAUAGAACAUAGAAGCGGCAGUCAUAUAGAUUGAAAUAUAGAUAUUUUUGGACUAAUAUCUAAGUUCUUUUUUUUUAAAUCAAAUACGAUUUCUUAUUCGAAUUGCCAUAUUCCACAUGUAUCUGACAACAGAUAAGUUACAAUAGAAUGAUAGCUAUCAUGCAAACCAUUUGAUCAUACAUAUUUAUAGAAUUAGUCAAUUGUGUGCAUGUAAGUGAAUGAUAUCGUAUUUGAUCUUAGGUGCAAAAUUAUACUGUACUGGAAGAAGUGUAUUGUCUGCAAUUUUGUUAAGAUAAAUAAAAUAGUUUAAUAUUGGAACAAUGCUUUUAGACCAUGAACAUUUAAUGUGGAGAAAUUGGAAGUUGAAAUCAGUGGAAAACGACAUGGGAUAGAGAACAAAAUUCAAACAAUGUUGUGAUCAAAGUUGGAACUCCGUUGAGAGUUCAACAAAAAGAUCAGUUGAAAAUGCACUAACAGACCAACUUAAAAGAAAAUAUAGUGUCAAAUGAUUGUGCUAGGAAUAGAAAGAAGCAAACUUUAUAGGGAAAGUGAAAAUUGAAUCCUUUAGCCAUCACAUUGACAUGCUUGGAAUGAACAGCAUGCAUAAACAUGUUUACAAAACAAAUGGAGAGUAAUAUCACCAAAAUUAUCUCCCUGUUAUUUUGUAUUGUGAUAAGAUUUAUGCUAAACAGUGUUUUCACCAAAAUUUAAUAAUAAAGACUACAGUAACAUGAGAGAGAGGGUUGACUUCUACCCCAAAAUCAUAAAAUUAGAAAG